AUGAGUAGAAUUGUCACACUAAGACUUUAUGGCACAUUGAAUGCGUUCAAGGUGUUUCCCAAGACGAUUUCCGGCGCAAAAUGGGUCUGGGACGUGGAUUUACGAAACCUGAGGAAGGAAUACCGAGCAUUGCAAGCCCAGGAGCACCCAGACACGAACGCUAACACGGACUCCAAUAGAAGCUCGGAGCUCAAUCAUGCAUAUCAAACUUUGAGACAGCCGCUACUUCGGGCCCAGCAUAUCCUAAAGACUCAAGCUGAAAUGGACCUUAAUAACGAGCAAAGCGCCCAGGACAUCGCACAGCGGGAUCCUAAUUUACUUAUGAGAGUGCUGGACGUACACGAGGAGCUGGAGACAUUGGCAAGUGAGGAGGACGUCAAACAGAUUGCGUCAGAUAAUCAGGCCAGAAUGCGAGAUCUGGAACAGAAAUUGGGCGAUGCCUUCCAGUCUCAAGAUUGGAACCUUGCAGCCCAGCUAACAGUGGAACUCAAAUAUUGGUCCAAUUUAGAUAAAGCCAUCAAAGAAUGGGAGCCCGGCACAAGGUUGGAACUCGAUCACUAG